AUGCACUCCACUGUAGGCAUGCAGGACAUGACGGAGAGCGAGCUGGUGGGCUACGCUCUGUUGGUGCUGCCGCCCAAGAAGGAGCUGCGCAAAAAAGGUUACCACGUGGAGAGCAUCCACACCACGUCUAACCGCGACCAUCCCCUCGCCAAGUGGUCAACGUACACGCUGAAGAAAGGUUCCACAUACCGUGACGCCCUCGACGCCAUUGAGGAGGCCAACAAGAACGCGUGGGGGCUGCUCAAGGCCCGCAUCAACUUCGCCUGCGGCUCCUUUGACACCUACGCGCGCCUCAACCCCAACGAUCCGAUCACGCUGAAACACACCGGUACGUAUGACCCUAACGGCGUGUACAAGAGCGUCACGGUGGAGGCGGCGACGGUGGGCCGCACGCGUUUGCUGCCACGCUUGCGGCCUCUCGUUGACGAGCGUGGGCACCACACGUGUGCGCGUUCGCUGCCUCGCACGUUUGCACCCCAGGUGAUGUACAAAGAUUACCCGCCGCCGGUGCUGUCGCAGGCCGGCUACGACUUCACGCCGGUCAGCCACACUGCAUUCCUGCUGCGCUCUGCCGACCCGCCGCAGGGCGUGCGCGACGUGAAGAGCGACUUCACGAAGAACAGCUGCGACUACCGGCCACGGUCGUACCUGCGCGAUGAGGUGGCCGGCGGCGUCAACAGCCGUCACUGCCACUGCGCUGAGGUCUACCAGGUUGGCGACUACACAGUGGACCUCGCACGCAACACAGACACAGUGAACCACCGCAACCGUCUCGUGACGNUGCGCUGA